UAUUCUGUGAAGAGGCUGCAACCAUUCAAUUCGCCUUUGCACUCCUUCUAAACAACGCUUUAAAAAUAUAUAUAAAUAUAUUUUUUUUUAAACAAUUUGUCAAAAACGCAGUCCACUCUGUGUUACAGAUUAUAAUUUUGGAAACAGAAACCUGUAUGGAGAUCAAAUGUUUCAUCGAUGAAAAUAUUUGCUGAAUUUCGGCCAAAAUCUUUCCACAUCUUUUCCCACAGCCGACCACUGGGCUUCCUGUCGUCACCAAAUUUGGUAGUGAGUGGAAACUCUAACCGGAUGCUUCACAUUUAUACAUCUGAAGCGCCGUAUAUGUCGCAAUCUAUGCGGACAGAUACCUCAGUAACUUCAUGGCUUUACCUGCGGGCAUAAAAGACACGCUGCUACGAAUCAUGUCAUCACAGGGCACAGUGACCGACCUAAACAUCAGCCAGCUGAUGCAUCUUGGGACACACAAGCUGGACAUGGUGAACUGCAGAGUGUCUGACUCCGCCCUGCAACAGAUCCGCUGUCCGCAGCUCCGGACGAUCCUUCUGCGAGGCCAACCCAGCAUCACCUCAGAUGGUACCUGCCUACCAAAUGGAACAUUUUCGGUGUUAAAGAAAAACCCAUCUGGACCAUCUCUUUGUUUACAAUACAGUACUUUACAAUGUGUGAGGACCCUGGCGGCCUCCUGCCCAGGCCUGCAGGUCGUGGAUCUGACCGAGUGUGCUGCAGUGACCGAUGAAGGGGUCCUGGCGCUGGCCCACGGCUGCAGUUCGCUGGAGGUCCUCUCCCUCUGGGGCUGCUCUGCUGUGGGAGACGCCGCCCUGCUGGCACUGGCAGGAAACUGCAGGCUUCUCCAUAGCCUCAAUCUCUCGGGAACCCAGGUUACAGAUGAGGGUGUCAUUGGGCUGGCUACUGCACCGUGCUCUAAUAGUUUGAAGGAACUCCAGUUGGCCCGAUGUCGUAACCUGACAGGCAAGGCCGUGAAGGCUGUCCUUACAAACUGCCCCAACGUCCGGAUCUUUACCUUCGAUGGAUGUCCUCUCAUCACUGAUCAAGAGGCCCUGCAUAACCUUUUAGGCCCAGAUAAGUUCCAACAGGUAUCAUGGACAGUGUACUGAGGGAAAAGUUACCCAUAAAUGAAGACCUAGGAACAGAUUACCCUACCCACAAUCCUUAACCUACCCAUUAGAUUAUCUGACCCUGGAUCAAGGCAUUAGGAGCAACUUGUACUUACUCCAAGAGAGCACUGAAGAGGAUGGCAGGAGGAGGGAUGGAAAGAACACACACAAACUCCUUAAAAGCUUCUGGGACCAAAGUGACUGAACUAGGCUAAUGGUUGUUAUUUACAGUCCGCUAAAGAAAAAAACACCGGUCUCAGUAAAUCUUAGCUUUGUAGUGUGAUUAUCAUCAAUAACAGUGGUUGAAGAUCAAACCUCAAUAGUUAGUUGGAUGUGCUGCUCAGUGUUCUAUUCUCUGGCAAUGUUUGCAAUUUAUACACAGAAAAACAUUUCAUAUUUAUUUAUUCUCUAACCAUUUUUUUUGUUGUAAAUGCACGGACAUUCUUUUUACUGUACUUCAUUUGAGAUGUCCUUGCUGUAACCUGGUUGUAUGCACGCAGCACCCUGUCCUUGAUUUAGAAAUUGUUACUCUCUUCUCCUGUUGUAAAUAUGUAAGCACAAAAGUAGUGAUACAAUCUUACAUUUGGAAAUAAAUAAUAUGUUGGAGCCAAGUCUGUUCAGGUACACUGGGAUGCGAACUGCCUGUUUAACUAUAUGUGUAACAUGGAAAAAACAUGCUUCUCUCUCUAUCUGUUUGGGCCCUUCACAUAGUAGUAGGUUCAUUGCAUGUAUGUUAGGUAAAGGCUUUUCUCAGGAAGGUAUGGGCUUCUUUCCCUUUGUACUUCUUAUGUAAAACAAAGAAGAUAAGAUGUACCAAUGCAUACAUGACCUUCAUUACAGAAGGUAUGCUGAUGGAAACAUGAUGCACCUGAGCUCAAUUUCAAGUCUCAUCGCAAAGGGUCUGAAUACUUAUGUAAUUAAAGUACUUUUUUUUAUUUUGCCCAAAAAAAUAUAAUCUGUUUGCACUUUUUCAUUAUGGGGUAUUGUGUGUAGAUUGAUGUGAGAACAUUUAUUUAAUACAUUUUAGAAUAAGGCUGUAACGCAACCAAAUGUGGAAAAGGGGAAGGGAUCUGAAUACCUUCCAAAUUCACUGUACAUUUAGAAUACAUUUCAAAGAUAAGAAAGAUGGUAGCUGAGAAUUAAUCAAAGAUUCUAAUAUUUUAGCUAGGCAAGAAGGCCGAUAAUUAUCUAGGUCACAUGGGUCAUAACCUUUGUGAAGGGGCGUACAUGGACCACCUUACAAACCCUUGGGAUAGUACCAGGUUAAUGAUUCAGCAAUCAGAGAGCUGCAGCAAAAAUGGAUCAAGCAUAUCAGCGCCAGAGGAUUUAUUUUACAUCAAUCUUAAGCAAGGCAUCUAGCACGUAACAGAUAGUAAAUUGUUGAAAUUAAAACAAAGAUUCCCUAGAAGUUGACAGAUUAACUGUCGAGUCAGCAAGAGUCUGGCAGAGGGAAGAGCAGAUGAUUGACUGACCAGGGUCAACUAUACCACCGUUUCUCUCAAAUAAAAAGCAUGCCGAGAUAAAAUUAUGAUUAAAAGCAUCACUUAUCACAUUCAACUCAGUUAUGAUGCCAGUCAGGCAGAACUUGAUAAGGCAGGGAGGAAGAGGAAUUUGUACGCUUCAGUGCAUUUUCUGUUUUCCAAAAUAAGAGCUUGAUUUAGCUUUCUUAAACGAGAUAGUACAUCUGUUUCUCAAUUGUCUGAAGGAUUGCCAGUCCACUACAGAGUCAGUUUCCUUGCUUUGGCCCAAGCCUGAUUUCUCCUCUGAAUGAGCUCAAAUAAUUCCAAACAAAACCAAGGGUUUAAUCUAUAUUUGACUAUGAAUUAUUUAAAAAGGGAAUGUUUAUCUGCCAGAUGAAUAAAUAUGGAGUAUAAUUUGUAUAGAGCCAACUCAGGGUCAGGAGGUAGUGGCUAAAUCAGGACAUGUCAUGAAUGAUAGUAAGGAGUGUGGAUGCCCCCUACUGUUAGGUCAUUGGAUUGCAGUCUGACUGCAGUUUAAGUUUACAUGCUUUAUUGUUAACAAAGAUGUGAUUGAUUGCAUUUGAAAUAUGUACUGUUUUACAUCUGUUACUUGUCAUUUUCAAAUCAUAGAUCUGUGUACAACUUAGUUGUUGAGACAACACCCCAUACUACUGUGGCAUUAUUGCUGGGUUUUGAAUAAAAGAGAUAUGCUUAGGUU